UCAAAAUCCCACUCCAACGCUGACAGCUGCUCUUUUUCGACUGGGUUCGACUUGGGGCAACCAUUGACACCAACCCACGGAUACAAGGCUCUCUCGCUCUCUUCAAUUAGCUAAUUCAUUUGGGGAAAAGUGAAGGGACAAAGACAGCGCAAUGAGUGGCGCAGUUUGGGCAGAUAUUGAGCGCUCCGAGAGCCUCUUGGUUUGCUCCAUGUAUGAGGAGGCUGCAUCAUUAGCUUCCUCCGUGAUAAGGCAAAGAGGCCCCAGUCUAUCGAUUGAUGAUGAUUUUGAGUUGUAUGAAGCGAUGGAGGCCGCUGGUAUGGUCUUGGUUCAGUCCUUGAAGCAACUCUCUAGGACAUCCACCAUUCUGAAAGAGCUCAAAACAUUAUUUGUUUCUGUUGAAGCAAUCCCUGUUCAAGUUGUUCUUAUUGGGGCAUGUUUCCAAACAUCUGAAGGUUGUGCUUUUGGCGUCAGAGAAUUUCUUGAGGAGUUUCUUAACAAGUGGAGUUAUGUUGAUGAACAAUACUAUGUCCUUGCUAGUGCAGAAAGAAAUAUGAAUUUAAAGGAAGGAUGUGAUAGCCAUUUUGUCUUGGGAAUUGAUAAGUAUAUUGAAAUUGUUGAGCUGUAUGCUGUCAUGCUCCUUGGAACAGUUUCCAAUGAUGUAAAUCUUGCAAUCUCUUGGGUCGAGCAAGCUGCAUUGCCUGAGCAAAAACGACAAGAACUUCUGAGAAGAUUACACUCCCUAUAUUCCACAAAGGAAACUAAUUUAUCACAGGGCACCUUGUCACAUUUGCCUGUAGCCAAACAUGAAUGUCAUUCUUCUUUGAAGGGGCCAGAUGUGCCUGGGGGGACACCUAAAGGCUUAGAGACCAGUCACCUGCUAAAUGGAGAGAAUGAUUCGAAGGAGGCAAUUUUGAAACUGUACAAACAACCAUAUGGCUGUCUAGGGUGGUUUCGUAAUAUCACUUUGAAGUUCAGUAAUUAUCAGUUGGUCAUAUCUAAUGGGAAAAUUUUGAUUGGCUGUCUGAUCUUUCUCAUAUAUUACCUCUUUCGAAGGAAAGGUGUUUCUAUACAGAGGAUUGUUAGUAGACAAGUUUUGUUUUGGAAGAAGUCUUUGUUGGACUUGUGGCAACUUGCAUUUUCCUACCAAGUAAAUCCGCUCGCUGCUAUUCAACCCUUGCCUGCUGCUACAUGACCCCUUUUGUGAUGAAGUUUAUAAUUGCUGCUCCAGUGAAGUAGUGAAGUAGCUGCUUCUCCACUUACGAUCAUAUUCUGCUGAUAUCUCUCCCUCCAAACAUGCAAUGUUCAGUUUUUUUUUUUAUUAUUAUUUUAAAACCUUUCUUGGUCAGAAUGCUUUAAAACAAUCAUAAAAGGAAACAAAAUAAUGGAUAGGGGCUUAUCUCAGUUGACUUCUGUUUGAACUUUGAUGUAUUGGGAAAUAUGUAGUCAUCAUAGCAAUGAGAAAAGAAAUCUGAUAGUUCCUUAGUUUAUUCAAAA